GCCGCAGGCAGGCACCGCCGCGCCGCGGGCCACGGGGGAGACGCACGCCGGCGGCGGCGACACCACGUGAAGGAGAGCGACGUCCCACUCAGUGGCGCUCCCAGGGAGUGGGAUGCCGGCGUGGGCGGCGGCGGCGGUCGCGGCGCUCCUGCUCUGCCGCCUACCGGCGGGCCAGCCCAGCGACGGCUACCACCUCACCACAGACACCGAGCGGCGCGAGAAGGCGCGCCAGGUGCUCGCCGAGGCGCCCCUCAUUGACGGGCACAACGACCUGCCCUGGAACAUCCGCAAGUUCGUGCACAACCAGUUGCGGGAGUUCAACCUCGCGGCCGACCUGCGCUCCGUGCAGCCGUGGUCACGCAGCGCCUGGUCCCACACAGACCUGCAGCGGCUGCGCAUGGGCCUCGUCGGCGGGCAGUUCUGGGCAGCGUACGUGCCGUGCGAGUCGCAGCACCUGAACGCCGUGCAACUGACUCUGGAGCAGAUAGACCUCAUCCGGCGGCUCAUCGACAAGUACCCAGAUCAGCUCAUGUUCGCUGCCUCUGCUGACGAGAUAAUGUCGGCGCACGCGGCACGCCGCAUCGCCAGCCUGAUCGGCGUCGAGGGCGGCCACAGCAUCGGCAGCAGCCUGGCCGUGCUGCGAGUCCUCUACACGCUAGGGGUCCGCUACAUGACGCUCACCCACAGCUGCCACACGCCCUGGGCAGACUCGUCCUCCGUUGACCACGAAGCCAAGUUUCCUGAGCACGGCGGACUCACUCAGUUUGGAAAGGCGGUGGUGCGCGAGAUGAACCGCCUGGGCAUGAUGGUAGACCUGUCGCACGCGAGCGUCGCCACCAUGAAGGACGCCCUCGCCACCAGCCAGGCGCCCGUCAUCUUCUCACACUCCAGCGUCUACGCGCUCUGCAACAACUCGCGCAACGUUCCCGACGACGUGCUGCACCAACUGGCGAGCAACCGUGGACUCGUGAUGGUUACUUUCUAUAACUACUUCGUGAAAUGUGGGCCAAAGGCAUCAGUUUCCGACGUAGCAGAACACAUUAACUACAUUAGAAAUUUGAUUGGAGUUGACCACAUCGGCGUUGGAGGCGAUUUCGAUGGAAUAAACAUGACGCCGCGCGGCCUGGAAGACGUGUCCAUGUAUCCCGAGCUGUUCACGGAGCUCUUGAGGCACGGGCACUGGCCGGAGGAGGAUCUGAAAAAGGUGGCUGGCCUCAACCUUCUCAGGGUCUUCAGGGAGGUUGAGAAGGUUCGAGACGAGAUGCGCGAGGCAGGAGUCCAACCUUCGGAGGAGCUGAUCUCCGAGCCGGGUACACCGGGCCCCGCGUCGCCAUGCGCUUUCGACAUCAGCCGCGCUGAGCGCGAGAUGGAGCUGUGACGCGCGGCGCGCUCCGCCUGCGACCGCCACAGCCCCUGCUGCAUCCGCUACCCGCGUCACUUCCCAGGGGACUGUCGCGCCGACGCCGCCGUCUCUGCCGUCACCACCGGAUCCGCGUUCCUCGGCUUCGGCAUCCGUGCAGACGCUGCUGGCGUCCUUCUCAUCCAAUAGCAGCGGCCGUGUGAGGAGUGAUUACAGUGCACGCCGUACCCGUGCUGGAAAUGGAGCACACGAGCGGAGCAUGUGACUCCUGUUCUGAAAACAUGGAACGUUUCUUGCAGUUGUUACCAUGUUCACUGUCACAAGACAUAAAUAUUUCCAGUCUAAUUUUCAGUGAAUCAUACAUUUCAGCUGUAUUCGCUAAUAAGUAACG